AAGAUCAAACCGCAUGGCAAGAGCCAUCUGGUUCAUAUUGGGGCCUCCCCACAAAGAUGGAGAGAUUAGCAGCCACAGUUCUGUUCAUCUGCUUAUUUAGUUUUCUGCUAAACUGUGGAAUAAUUCAGAUUGAAGCAUCUCCGGGCAGCGUCGAUUCAAUCCCAGAAACACAGCCUUACCGAACUUCUUACCACUUUCAGCCCUCCCAUAAUUGGAUGAACGAUCCAAAUGGACCGAUGUACUACAAAGGAGUUUAUCACUUAUUCUACCAACACAACCCUUAUGCGGCAACAUUUGGGGAUAGAAUAAUAUGGGCACAUUCUGUAUCCUAUGAUCUCAUCAAUUGGAUUCAUUUAAAUAAUGCUAUCGAACCAAGCCAGCCGUCUGACAUUAAUAGUUGCUGGUCCGGUUCUGUGACGAUCCUCCCAGGAGAAAAACCCGUGAUUUUGUACACGGGGAUUGAUGCUAACAAACACCAAGUUCAGAACUUGGCUACUCCAAAGAAUCUAUCUGAUCCUUUCUUGAGGGAAUGGAUCAAAUAUCCUCACAAUCCUAUCAUGAGGCCGCCCAUUGGAGUUGAGCUCGAUAAUUUCAGAGACCCAUCCACUGCUUGGCUGGGAAAGGAUGGAAAAUGGAGAGUCGUAAUUGGUGCUCAGAACGGUGAUGAAGGGAAAGUGAUUCUGGGCCAAACUGAGGAUUUUGUUAAUUGGACUGUAGAUGCUAAUCCCUUCUAUUUGUCUGAAAAUACUGGAGUAGUUGAAUGCCCGGAUUUUUAUCCAGUGUCCAUUGAAGGAGCUAAUGGAGUCGAUACAUCUGAAGAAAAUCUCAACGUUAGGCAUGUACUGAAGAUAGGCUACUUGCGUAUUCCACACGACUUCUAUUUUCUGGGUAAAUAUCUCUCGGAUCAGAACAGCUUCAUGGCUGAUACUAAGUUUACUGGAACUAGCUUGGAUUUGAGGUACGAUUAUGGUAAAUUCUAUGCUUCGAAGACGUUUUUUGACUAUGCCAAGAGCAGGAGGAUCCUCUGGGGAUGGGUGAAUGAGUCAGACACCAGACAAGAUGAUAUAGACAAAGGAUGGGCUGGUCUCCAGUCCAUUCCCAGGCAAGUUUGGCUCGAUAAAAGUGGGAAGCGUUUGGUACAGUGGCCAGUUGAAGAGGUGGAAGAACUGCGCAAGGAGCAGGUUAGUAUUACUGGAGAGAAGCUCGUGAGUAAAUCACUCCUUGAAGUUUCAGGAAUCACAGCUUCACAGGCGGAUGUGGAGGUGUUGUUUGAGCUACCUGAUAUAGAAAACGCUGAGGGGAUAGAUCCCACAAAGGUUGAUCCCCAGAUACUGUGCAGUGAAGAAUAUGCAGCUCAGAGUGGGAUAAUAGGGCCAUUCGGUUUAUCAGCAUUAGCUUCAGAGGACCAGACAGAGCAAACUGCAAUCUUCUUCAGAAUAUAUAAAGCUCCCAACAGAUAUAUAGGCCUAAUGUGCAGUGACCAAAGCAGGUCUUCGUUGCGGAAAGAUCUCGAUAAAACAACAUAUGGAUCAUUCUUUGACGUAGAUCCUAAGACCAGAACCAUCUCACUCAGAAGCCUGAUUGACCACUCCAUAAUUGAGAGUUUUGGGGAGGGGGGAAGAGUUUGUAUAACCUCAAGAGUAUACCCGUCCUUGGCUAUUCAUGAAAACGCUCAUCUUUAUGUUUUCAACAAUGGAUCUCAGAGCGUAACAGUUUCCAAGUUGAAUGCUUGGAGCAUGGGCAAAGCAGACAUCGGCCACCAAGACACAAUCAGCUGCUUUUAGAAAUCUUUUUUUUUUUUUGGGCUGUUCUCUGAACCAUUGGUGUAUCAAGGAAAUAAAUGUUUAUUUUGUCUCUGCAUGCCAUUGCAUUGAUUUAAUUUAAAUUAAAAAUUAUCGGAAGAUCGCAAUUCUUCAUCUUACUGGUGUCUUUAUCCUAUUUAUAUUACUUGAGCUAUCCUGUUA